UCACUCAAAGGCGAAGGCAAAGGCAAAGGCAAAGGCCGAUGCCAUUAAAAAGAAGCAGAGAGCAAGAGACGCCAACAAUGUACAAAUCAAAGCUUCAAGAAGUGUGCCAGCAGAGAGGAUGGGAGUUGCCUGCCUAUCAAGUCACUAAACAAGGACAAGAUCACAACCCUCUCUUUUCAGCCACCGUCACCGUCAACGCCACCUCCUUUUCCUCUCCGUCUCCCUCUUCUUCCUCUAAGAAAGCUCAAAGCGACGCCGCUAAACUCGCCUAUGACCACUUCUCCCUCAUCUCCUCCUCCUCCCUUUCUGUUUCUGCAGACUGUUCGGGUGGAAGCGCUGGGGAGAGUACUCGUCUAUCUCAAGAAAAUCCAACUCCCCUGUCAAAUACAAAUCCAACUGCUGGGAAGAAUACUCGUCAAUCUCAUGAAAAUCCAACUCCCCUGUCAAAUGCAAAUCCAACUGCUGGGAAGAAUACUCGUCAAUCUCAUGAAAAUCCAACUCCCCUGUCAAAAACAAAUCCAACUCCCCUGUCAAAUAAAGCCGGGGCAGUUGCCAAGACUGAUGAGAGUUUUGGAGUUUCUGCAGGCUGUUCGAGUGGAAGCGCUGGGGAGAAUACUCGUCUCUCUCCCGGAGGGAAAUUGCAACUAAACCUACAAGCUGCAAAUCCAAUUCCCCUGUCAAAUGAAGCCGUGGCAGUUGGCAAAAUUGAUGAGAGUUUUGAAGGCUGUUCGAGUGGAAGUGCUGGGGGGAAUACUCGUCUCUCUCCCAGAGGGAAAUUGCAACUAAACCUACAAGCUGCAAAUCCAACUCCCCUGUCUAAUGAAGCCGUGGCAGUUGGCAAAAAUGAUGAGAAUUUUGAAGGCUGUUCGAGUGGAAGUGCUGGGGGGAAUGCUUGUCAAUCUCCCACAGGGAAAUUGCAACUAAACCUACGUGAUGCAAAUCCAACUCCCCUGUCAAAUGAAGCAGUAGCUGUUGGCAAAAAUGUUGAGAGUUUUGAAGGCUGUUCCAGUGGAAGUGCUGGGGAGAAUACUCGUCUCUCUCCUGGAGGGAAAUUGCAACUAAACCUACAAGCUGCAAAUCCAACUCCCCUGUCAAAUGAAGCCGUGGCACUUGGCAAAAUUGAUGAGAGUUUUGAAGGCUGUUCGAGUGGAAGCGCUGGGGAGAAUACUCGUCUCUCUCCCGGAGGGAAAUUGCAACUAAACCUACAAGCUGCAAAUCCAACUCCCCUGUCAAAUGAAGCAGUAGCUGUUGGCAAAAAUGAUGAGAGUUUUGAAGGCUGUUCGGGUGGAAGUGCUGGGGGGAAUGCUCGUCUAUCUCCCAGAGGGAAAUUGCAACUAAACCUACAAGCUGCAAAUCCAACUCCCCUGUCAAAUGAAGCCGUGGCAGUUGGCAAAAUUGAUGAGAGUUUUGAAGGCUGUUCGAGUGGAAGUGCUGGGGGGAAUGCUCGUCUAUCUCCCAGAGGGAAAUUGCAACUAAACCUACAAGCUGCAAAUCCACCUCCCCCGUCAAAUGAAGCCAUGGCAGUUGGCAAAAAUGAUGAGAGUUUUGGAGUUUCUGCAGGCUGUUCCAGUGGAAGCGCUGGGGAGAAUACUCGUCUAUCUCCUGGAGGGAAAUUGCAAUUAAACCUACAAGAUGCAAAUCCAACUCCCCUGUCAAAUGAAGCCGUGGCAAAUGCCAAAAAUGAUGAAAUUUUUGGAGGUAUGCAGCACUUGUUUAAAAACCAGCUGCAAACCUAUGCUCAAAAGAGAAAUUUCACUCUACCUGUGUAUUCUUGUGAGCGUGUGGGUCCUCCUCAUGCUAGUCGCUUUAAGUGCAAGGUCACAGUAAAUGGACAAACCUACGAGGGUCGAGAAUAUUUUCCCACAUUGAUUAAAGCUGAACUUGCAGCUGCAAAAGCUGCAUUGAUGUCAUUAUUGUCGAAUGGAGUUGAAGAGGAUGGGUUUGGCUAUAAGAGUCUUUUACAAGAAUUGGCUCAGAGAGAAGGUUGUGGUUUGCCAACUUAUUGGACAGACAAAUCUGGUGAAGCUCAUGUGCUUACUUUUGUUUCAAAAGUGGAGAUAGAAGGAGAGAUUUUUACAGGACAAGGAGCAAAAACUAAGAAGCAAGCAGAGAUGAGUGCAGCAAAGAUUGCAUAUACAGCUCUACAACAGCGUUACUCAAGUCAGAGCCCUGGAUUUCUCUCUACUUCUUCCCAAUUUCAAGAAGCUCCUCGGAGCUCACCUCUCUCCCCUGCUUGCCAAUCCCAAGAAGCUGUUCAGAGCGAAACUCCUCAGUUCUCAGUUUCUAACCUGCGUGCAGGUCUCACUGCUUAUCUUCAACAAAACAUCCAACCUAAAUUGCCCGUGUCCAAUGAACAAGCUGAAGAGUACAGAGCUGUUGAAUUGCUGGCAGCAAAUUCUGUAGUUAGCAAUCACAAUCCCUCCAUUGCAUCUCCAGGGCAAGGUAGUUGUUCAGCUAUGGCAAGCAUCACACCUUCACCUGCCGCAGCCAUCUCUUCCUCGCCUAAACAUGACCUGACUUCAUCUUCUUUGCCUUCAGAUUCCCCCACUAAUUUAGCCACAAGCUCGAGUAUCGAGUUUACGGUCCGAGGGAUUAGGGUUCUGAUUCAUCCAAGUGGGACCAAAAUGGCAUAUCCUGCAGGCAGCACUGUGUUGCCCAUCAGCGAUGACAAAUGGGCUGCAGUGGAGUUGCCACCUCAACGGAGUCGGUAAAUGUUUGUUCUCGACGUGAAUGAUGGGUGCCUUUUAUUUUUAAUCGUUGCCCUCCAAAAUUUAGGACAACGCUAGAAAGACUUUACGUUUGUAAGAAACGACUUGGCAGCAGCUUAUGCUUGGUGUUUUAUUUGUCGUUUUAUCCAUAAUUAUAAUCCUACUGUUACCUGUUAGUGGUCCA